GUAGACGCUAUUUAAUGAGAUGGGUUUGGCUACUGGUAACUGGUUCACUCAGGUGUUGUUAGCUGCUUCAUUUUGCUCGGAUUUUGUUUAUUAAGAUCGCAAAAUGGUUUCACAGCUGGAAAGUGCAAUGGAAAGCCUGAUUAAAGUCUUCCACACAUACUCUUCCAAAGAAGGAGACAAGUACAAACUGAGCAAAGCUGAACUCAAAAGCUUGCUUCAGGGUGAACUCAAUGACUUUUUAUCGGCGAGUAAAGACCCCAUGGUUGUGGAGAAGAUUAUGUCUGAUUUGGAUGAAAAUCGAGACGGAGAGGUGGACUUUCAGGAGUUUGUUGUAUUGGUUGCUGCUCUCACAGUGGCGUGCAAUGAAUUCUUUAUUGAAAGCAUGAAGAAUUAAAUGUCAUGUCUUGAUACUGUAUGUCUAUCCUCAGUUUUGCUGUCUUUUGCAGGUGACUAUUUUGUAAAUGCUAUUUAUCAGAAAUAAAGCCUCUGCAUGUGACUUUGGUAAGAUGAAAUAAAAAAAACAGCUGGAAAU